AUGACAACUGAAGUUGGCUCAGAGACUGAAGUAAAGAAAGAUUCUGAGCAGCUGGGACCAGACAAAGCCAAGGACAAGCCUGAAGAAGCAUCAGAUACUCCAGAAAAUCAAAAAUCCAGGGAAACAUGCUCUGAAGAAGCUCAAGACUCUUCUGUCCCAGCACCAACUAGCCAAAGUAGUCCAAGUAACCAGAAGAAGGAAAAAGCUGAAAGCAAGGGUAUUUCUCGUUUCCUGCCCCCCUGGCUUAAGAAACAAAAAUCAUAUACCUUGGCAGAGCCCAAAGAUGAGCCUAAGAAAAGGGCCACAGAAGAAGAACAAGUAGUUGAAGAAAGUGAAAGUCAGACACCAGAGGGGUUGGCUCAAUCAAGAAAGAGUUUGGAAGAAGCAGCUGAAAACCGGCAUAAUGCUAAAGCAGACGACAAAGAAAAACACUCUGUUAGUAGUGCUGAAACACAGCCUGCCAAAGAAGAUGGGAAAGAAACGGAAGUAGAGAAAGUUGCAGAGCAAAAGGAAGAAAAACAAGAAGAAAAAGAAAAGGAGACAAAAGAAGUGCAGACAGCUGAAAUUAAAAUGGAUAACAUUCCUCAGAAAUCUCCCAAGAAAGUAAAAACUGUGCAGUGUAAAGUGAUGCUUCUGGAUGGCACAGAAUACAGCUGUGACCUGGAGAAAAGAGCAAAAGGACAAGUGCUGUUUGAUAAAGUAUGUGAACAUCUCAAUUUACUGGAAAAGGACUAUUUUGGGCUGUCGUUUUAUGAGAAUUCAGAACAGAAGAACUGGCUAGAUUCUUCGAAGGAAAUUAAGAGACAAAUUCGAAGUUUACCUUGGAUAUUCACCUUUAAUGUGAAGUUUUAUCCCCCUGAUCCUUCACAGUUGACUGAAGACAUCACUAGGUAUUUCUUGUGCCUACAGCUUCGUCAGGAUAUUGUAUCUGGUCGACUGCCCUGUUCUUUUGUGACUCAUGCCCUCCUUGGGUCAUACACACUGCAGGCUGAGCUGGGGGAUCAUGACCCAGAGGAACACCGCAGUGAUUAUAUCAGUGAAUUCCAAUUUGCACCCAAUCAAACUCAAGAAAUGGAAGAGAAAGUGGCUGACCUACACAAAAACCACAGGGGCUUGACUCCAGCACAGGCGGAUUUCCAGUUCCUAGAAAAUGCUAAGAGACUCUCCAUGUACGGAGUGGAUUUGCAUCAUGCUAAGGAUUCUGAAGGUGUGGAUAUCAUGCUGGGGGUAUGUGCUAACGGACUGCUGAUUUACAAGGACAGACUCCGGAUCAACCGCUUCGCUUGGCCAAAAAUUCUGAAGAUUUCUUACAAGCGAAGUAAUUUCUACAUCAAAGUCAGGCCAGCAGAACUGGAACAGUUUGAGAGCACUAUUGGGUUCAAACUGCCAAACCAUCGGGCUGCUAAAAGGUUAUGGAAGGUUUGUGUGGAGCACCAUGCUUUCUUCAG